AUGGCUGGCCCGACAACCUUGGAAGACAAAUUCACGGCCCUAGAGGCGAAGUUCAUCUCCCUGGAGAAGCGCUAUUGCGAAUUACAAGAGGAAACCGCUUUGUUGCGCAAGUCAUCAGUUGGCAAGACGGGUGCCAAUGAGAAUGGCGAGGCAUCUUCAAAGACAACAUUGGUGAAUGGAGCCACCGACAAACAUGCAACCUCCAAGGAUGCGGCGAGCAAUACCGACACAAAACCAUCGCCAGAGGAGACAGCGACAAUCCCCAAGUCGCGUGCGAGAAUUGUUAUCAACAGGACGGAUCUGUCGACCCAUGAGCGCAAAGACUUUCCUGCAGAAGAUCAGUCCACCACCCCUGACGAGUCUACCGACAACUCCCAUGCAUUCACCUUACGAAAAAUUGUAGGAGACAGUGAAGAUGAUGAAGGAGAGAUUGACGUUGUCGAUCCAAACCUGUGGGAACUAUUGAAAGGACUUCUUAGCCACUAUCCAUACCAUACAUUCCGUGGUUCACCGAGCACGAUCAAUUCACCCUAUGAAGCCUUGAUUCUCAAUUGGGACAAGUUAGAGCAGGCUUCUAAAGAAGAGGGUGGAACCGAUGCAGAGAAGCAAGCCCGGUCGGAUUUGAAACUUCUGCUUGACACAAUUACCAGCUCCUCUGGUGAUGCGAAGUUGGACAAAUAUUUCAAAACCCGGGAUUCCCACAGGCAGCAAAACUGCGUCACCUUCGACAAUCUUUGGACCGUCUUCUCUCCUGGCUCCCUUGUCUAUGGCAGACCAUUUCAAGGCCAAGAUCAAGUCUUUAUAGUCGAAGACAACUUUGGAGCAUGGCCAUACUUCAGUGAUUCUGCGCGACGUGAUCAGGCUAUCUGGACUCUGCUGGCCUGGACCUACGACUGGAACGGGAGCAUGUUCAAAAGAAGUCUAUUGAGGCUGGAGUUUGAAUAUUUUGAUGGCACCAAGCCGAUUACCUCCUUGCCUUAUUACCCUUUUGACCUCCACGAACAACAGGGUACGGUGAGGGAGAAUCUGAUCAAACAGGGGGUCCAAUUCCGCAGCUUCUGCACCGCCACCCAAGGGUCCCGCUUGUUCGACUACAGAGGAGAUGCCCUUCUUAUCAAGAAAGGCUUCUCCGGGGUUCAGGCAGAUGAUGAUACGGAUGAUGAACCCCGACCAUAUUUUGACGAAGAACUCGAGUAUUUAAGGCGAAGGCGAAUCUCGCGGUUGCAGAAUCGCUCUCCCCAUCCUAAAUCUGCACAUGUGAGCAGUCGAGUCAUGGUGGACUUCGAAUCAUAUUUCGUCUUCGGUCCAUCGGUCGCUCGCGUGGGGUCCCUGUGGCCAGACAAUACUAAUCCUCAGUGUAAUUGCAACGACUGCCGAGAGAACGACCUGUUGAACGAGGCCUUCAGAACUAAGUACGAUGAAGAAGCAUGUCAAAGGAGAGAUAAGCAAUGGGCUCAGCUGCAGGUGUCCCUUCUCGCGAAGAUCCCGGACAAGGACCCUGACGAUGCCUGGUCUACAAGACUCAAGCUCGCCGACGAUGGGAAAACCAAAAAGAUGAUUCUCGACCUGGUGGAUGGCCACGGCAGAAGCGACUCAUCAGAUUACAACCGCCUCGAAGUAGACGACAUCAUCGCCAGAAAGGGGAAAGGUUUGGUUAUUCUCCUUUAUGGACCGCCAGGGGUAGGUAAGACUUCCACCGCCGAGACUGUGGCACUUGCAGCCAGGAAGCCUCUGUUCGCCAUCAGCGUUGCAGAUGUGGGCACCAAAGCAAAGAAUGUUGAGGCAAAUCUGAAGAAGAUUUUCGACUUGGCUACCUCGUGGCAAUCUAUUCUUCUCAUCGAUGAGGCCGACGUGUUCUUGGAGAGUAGAGGACAGGGAGUCGCGGCUAAUACUGAAAGGAAUGCGCUGGUCUCAGUUUUCCUUCGAGUGCUUGAGUACUAUCAGGGAAUUCUAAUGCUUACAACAAACCAAAUCGCCAAAUUCGACGUCGCCGUCCAGUCCCGCAUCCACGUUGCGUUCAAGUACGUAAGUCUAAAUGAAAGUCAGACAAUGGGGAUCUUUGGGGGGUUCUUGCAACCAUUGGCCGAUAAAGGUCUUGUCAAAAAUUGGGAUGACAUCAAGGAAUGGUUGCUCGAGGAUGUGGUCAAGAUGGGCUUCGACGGCCGCCAGAUACGAAAUAUUGUGACCAGCGCGCUAGGUCUGGCUCGGGCUCAAGGCAAGAGUAGACUGGAAAAGAGUCAUAUCAAGCUGGUUCUCAAUAAUGUCAAGGACUUCAAGGACGAGUUUAUCAAGCAGUUUGAGAAGUACAAGACAGAGCAGGCGGGAGGAAGGGAAUGA